AUGAAUCAUACUACUAAUGAUAACUAUACCGAAUCUUGUGAAGGUAAUGACAUCAUUAUGCCUACUGUUGAUAACAGCAAUGUUCAUGAAAAUGGUGGAAAUAGAAGUUGUGGUGAAAUAAAUAAUGUCUCAAUGGUUAAUUCUGAUCAUGUCAAUCUACUUGAAAAAGAAACUACUGCUUCUAAUGAUCGUGUUAAAAAAGAAAAUUUAAAAACUGUUCCAAUAAUUAAGCUUGACUCUCUCCAUCCAAAUGACGAUAUAUCCUCACUUAAGUUUUAUCAAUCACUUUUGAGAAAAGUAAUUGAAAUGAAUUUUGGAGAUGAACUUGAUUCUGGUAAAUUUGUCUUAUCUAAAGAAACUUUUAAGACAAUUAUUAGUAAAUUGGAGAACAAAGAAAAUGAAAAAAGAUUUGAAGAAGUUGAAAUCAUCUUAUACAAGUCUAUUAGUUAUGCUUUGAGAAAAAACGAUGAAGAAUUUGAUAGAUUAGAAUUUAUGGAAAGUAUUGAAGAAUACUUUUUAAACCUUAUAAGAGUACGUAUGAGUUUUACAGUUAGAAAAACUUUGUUUAGUCUUAUCUUCUUGAUUACUUCGCAUCCAAAUGUUAGAGAUAGUUUUAUAAUCAAAACUCAAAAAUUGUUAGAUAUCAUUGGUUACAACACCUAUAUGGAUUAUUUUGUUCCUUUCAUGAUAAUAGCUUAUGAAGAAACAAUUCCUGAUGAUGAAAAUUCAGAAUUUAGAAUUAUGGUUAAGAUGUUGUAUGAUAGAUUAUGUUCUAAUUUUAAUUACAACGUUUUACCACUAGAUAAUUCAAUUUUUAGUAUUGAAGGUGCUGUAAUUCAUCUUCUUCAUGUAAUUCAAGAAAAAGGUGUUGAACGUGCCAUGAAUAAUACAAUUAUUUAUGAUAUUGUAAAAGAUCUUACAUCAAAAUUGGGUACAGUUUUUUAUGAUAAUAAUGAUGAACAACUUUCAACCAUUUCUUUUACCUGGCAUACAAAAAGAACAUUGUUUUCUGUUGCACUUGUUAUCAAUCAAAUUGGAUCUUAUGUUUUAAGACAUGGUACUUAUAUUCCAAUGUUUGUUCAAGAAAUUAAAGUAUGGAAGAAAAUAAUGGAAUUUCUUGCUGACUCCGAAGAUCCUAAUGGUAAUGAGCCUAUUAAUAAAAGACUCUCUACAAUUUUUGGUCCCAUGGGAGAUUAUACAAAGAAAUAUGAAGAUCUUCUUAAUUUAUCUUUGACCAAAAUGGAACGUGAUAGUAAUGAGUAA